AUGAAUGCUACCAGUUCAUUAGUACAGAAUAACAGUCCGUUAAGAUUCGGAUCGACAGAGUUUAGAGACCGACACUUUCCUCAGUUGGUUACAUUGAAUACUACAGGAAAAGACUCGAGUGAAUCCCAAGCUCCGCUUUAUUUAGACAAUGCAGGCGCACCGCCUGUACCAGUUGAAGUGGUUCAUGCUCAUGCUCACAGUCUUGCUCAAACACUGCUGGCAAAUCCUCACUCCUCAAUGGCAGCCGCAGCUGCUUACACUUCUGUUAGUAUCAACAGAGUCCGUCAAAGAAUACUGAGACACUUUGGAGUUUCCACUGCAACUCAUUCGGUAGUAUUCACUGCUAAUUCUACUGCUGCCAUCAAAUUGGUUGCCGAUCGUUUUCCUUGGUCACCCAAAAGCUUGUUUUGUUACCACCAGAGCUCACAUACUUCUAUCAUUGGUAUUCGAUCAAGAUUUUCUGAUACUAAAUCAGUCUUUUGUUUUCAAUCAAAAGAGUUGGAUUCAAUACUGUCGUUGACUGAAUCUACUAAUGGCAAUGUUUCAAGUAUAAAUGCCGAUGAAACACAUCACUUGCUUUCCUAUCCUGCGCAAUCUAAUUUUUCUGGUGAACGAUUCCCACUUGAAUGGGUACAGGCAGUACGAUCACUUGAUCAUAUUCCUCAACCUUUUUCAUCUCAUUCAAGCUCUUGUCAUAAAUCAAACUGGAGAGUAUUAAUCGAUUGUGCCUCAAUGGUAUCCACUACUCGAUUGGAUCUCGCCAAAACACAGGCAGAUUUUGCUGUUGUUUCUUUUUACAAAAUGUUUGGAUUUCCAACUAGUCUAGGAGCUUUGAUUGUUCGUAACGACGCUACUAGCCUAUUAACAACAAGUCCUAGAAAGUAUUUUGGUGGGGGUACUGUAGCUGCCAUUGCUGCCAAUUCUGAAUAUCACAGAUUCAGAUCGGGUGUGGCCGAGCAGCUUGAGGAAGGAACUUUGCCAUUUACAGAGAUUCUUGCAUUAAACCAUGGCUUUGAAUUCGUUGAAAAAACGAUUGGUGGGUGGGAUAUACUUUCUCAACAUGUUACAGAUCUGGCCGAGUACGCGCAAAGUCGACUAGGUGAACUUCGACACGAAACUGAUCAUCAACUUCCAGUAUGUAAACUCUACUCUCCUAUGACUCAAAACACCAAGGGUCCCAUCAUUGCAUUCAAUAUUCAAACCUCAACCGGAACACUGAUUCAUCAUAGUCAAUUCAUGACUCUUGCAUCUAUUCAUAAUAUCAAUAUUCGAUCUGGAUGUUUUUGUAAUCCUGGCGCAUGCCAACAGUACUUGGAGAUUUCUGCACAAGACAUCAAACAAAACCAUGAAGUGUAUGGCCAUGUUUGUGGAGGCUCGACAGAUAUUGGUCGACCAACAGGUGCAUUACGGAUUUCAUUUGGAUUUGCAAACAUUGUUUCUGAUGUAGAUCGAUUCUUGGAUUUUAUACAGGAAUUUUUUGUAUCAAAGCACGACGCAAUCGAUAAUGGAAUUGUGUCGGGUUUAACUAGACCGAGAUUGAUUCCGUAUAUAUCUGCUAUUCAUGUGUAUCCAAUCAAAUCGUGUGGAGCUAUAAGUGUAACAUCAUGGCCCAUGUGUGAUUCUGGAUUGGUGUGUGAUCGAAAAUGGAUGCUUGUAGAUCGAAUCCAUUUUCAGCCUUUAACACAGAAAAAGUGUCCCAAAAUGUGUCGGAUUCUUAUUGAAAAACUUGAUCCUUAUGUUGGCAUGAUGCAAGUGGUUUACUCUAGUGAAUAUGAAACUCAUAAGACGAACGAUGAUCAACUGGUAAUUAUGUUUGAUCCCAUCAUGCCUCAUUCGGAUCGUGUGCCAUUGAACCAUGAUCCCGCCGACUAUGACCACCAAUUAUCUGAAAAGGGUGAUUUUUCUAUUGUACCAAAGAAAAUAUCUCAAGCCGAUGAGUGGUUUUCUCGUCAUUUAGGUGUAGAUGUAUGUUUUGUCAGAUCGAGCACCACUGCACACAUCCAGUCUGCUACCAUGGCAAACCUUGAUAAACAUCAUCACACCACCAUGACACCAUCAUUUGCAAACAAAUCACCAUAUCUGAUCAUCUCUCAAUCAAGUUACGACUUGGUGGCGACUCGUGUCAAGCAAAAGAAUCCAGUUGCCCAUGUAGAUAUUAUGGCGUUUCGACCAAACUUGGUUAUUCAUGGGUUGAUACCGUUCAGUGAAGAUCAGUGGAUAUCAAAAUCCAUUCAAUUAGGCGGAACGCAAUUUGAGAUCCAAGAACAUUGUUCAAGAUGUCAAAUGAUUUGCAUUGAUCAAGCUACUUGCAAACGGCACUCUGAGCCACUCAGUACUUUGGCUAAAAUGCACAGAAUUGAUGGGCGUGUUGUGUUUGGGGUGCAUGCUUGGAGCAAGGAUCAGCAUCUGGAAUUUAAAAUAAUUCAUGUUGGUGAUGUGUAUACUCCGCCUAAAAUGAAUCUGUAA